AUCACAGCCAGUGCGAUGGAUCCAAGCCGGUUCUAUGGCCACGUGGGCUCUCCGCUGGGCGGCCCCCCAGGUCAGAGGGAGUUUGUAUCCUCGGGGAACAGUUUGCGGCUGACUUUCCCUGCACCAGCCUCCUCUGCGGACAGGACAACAGGCCUCCACAAGGGCUUCCUGGUCCUCUACCACGCCGUGAGUAUGAACCAUAGUCGGCCCAUCAGCCAGGCUAGUGGUGGCUCUGAGGCCACACACACACCUGGGGACAACUCCUCCGACAUCCAGAACCACUGCCAGGAGCCCUAUUAUCAGGCGGUGCCAGCAGAGACACUCACCUGCAGAGCCCAGAGCCCUGGGAAAGAGACGCUAGACAAGGAGGAGGCUCCUCACUGUGUGCCUG